AGUAGUCUAAAUGUACUGUGGUAUCAACACAAUAUUGUAGUAGACUACUAGGGUGUAAUAGGUGACAGGAUGCUGGAACAUUGGGAUACUGAAAUGUUGGUAUAAUAGAAUAUGGGAAUACUCGAAUGUAGAGAUGCUGAGGUGGGAUAAUACAAUGUUGGGAUACUCAAAUGUGGGGAUAGUGGAACGUGGGGACACUGGAACGUGGGGAUACUGAAGGUUGAAUGCUAAAAAGUGGGGACAGUGCAAUAUGAGGAUAGUGGAAGGUAGGUAUAGUGGGUCAGGGGGGUACUGGAACGUGACAAUACUAGAAGGUGGGGAUACUGGAACGUGGGGGUACCAGAAGGUGGGGAUACUGGAACGUGGGGGUACCAGAAGGUGGGGAUACUGGAACGUGGGGGUACCAGAAGGUGGGGAUACUGGAACGUGGGGGUACCAGAAGGUGGGGAUACUGGAACGUGGGGGUACCAGAAGGUGGGGAUACUGGAACGUGGGGGUACCAGAAGGUGGGGAUACUGGAACGUGGGGGUACCAGAAGGUGGGGAUACUGGAACGUGGGGGUACCAGAAGGUGGGGAUACUGGAACGUGGGGGUACCAGAAGGUGGGGAUACUGGAACGUGAGGAUACUAGAAAGUGGGGAUAGUGGAACGUGGGGAUACUGGAAUGUGGGGAUACUAGAAGGUGGGGAUAGUGGAACGUGGGGGUACUGGAACGUGGGGAUACUGGAAGGUGGGGAUAGUGGAACGUGGGGGUACUGGAACGUAGAGAUACUAGAAGGUGGGGACAGUGGAGCGUGGUGGUACUGGAACGUGGGGAUACUAGAAGGUGGGGAUAAUGGAAUGUGGGGAUACUAGAAGGUGGGGAUAGUGGAGCGUGGGGGUACUGGAACGUGAAGAUACUAGAAGGUGGGGAUAGUGAAGCGUGGAAUACUAGAAGGUAGAGAUAGUGGAACGUGGGGAUACUAGAUGGUACGGAUAGUGGAGCGUGGGGGUACUGGAACGUGAGAAUACUAGAAGGUGGGGAUACUGGAACGUGAAAAUACUAGAAGGUGGGGAUACUGGAACGUGGAGAUACCAGAAGGUGGGGAUACUAGAACGUGGGGGUACCAGAAGGUGGGGA